GGCCUCAAACACACAGAGUCAAAUAUUUGGGGGGAGCUGCUUACCUAAUCUUCCGGCCUAUCACAUCUUGUAAUUUUUAUACUCCUGUAUAUUAAUGAUCGAGAUGUGACACGUGGGGCUGAAAGGGCACUGAUUAUCUGACGAUCCAAUUUGCCCGGAUAGUGUGUCUAGGGCAAUGUGGUAAAAGUAAGGUGAAGAGAUCAUUUCACGUACUACACAAGAGUUUGUAUGUGUUAGUGCACGAGUUAUGUUGUAACAUAGCAAUCCCUAACCUCCCCUUACCGAUUAACAGUGUCUGACGUCAUACAAGCUGUUAUUAAUGUUCUCCACACGCUAAACAGUUUUACGCCAAAGCUAUUGGUAAGCUUUAACAUUCACUUUAUAUUAACCGCCACUCACCUACUAUUCAUUCAUUCUUUACAAUGCAGUUUUGAAUAACAUGCAUUCCAUUUAAUAAUUCAAAAUUGAGAUCGAAUUACUAAAACAUGCUUCAAUAUUAAUUUUGAAGAGUAAUUUUGGUACGAAUGAACACAAUUUUGCGAUAAUGGUGUUUAGCGUGCAGUGCAUUGCACAUUGUGUCUAGGGCUCCCAUCAACACAGCAUAGAAAAUCAGGACAUUUCAUGUAAUUUCUUCAAAAUGAGUAGAACUCAUCAGAUUUGUUAAGAAAUUUUGACCGAAAUUAGUAGAAAAUCAGAACAUGUCCUGCAUAAUCAGGACAAAUGGUAAUUCUAUGUGUGUCUCAGAAGAUUAUUCCAAAUAAUAUUCCGUCAAAGUAUCACAAAAGAGUAUUGUGAACAGUUUGCAGUAUACACUAAAUCCUUUUUUACACGACUUUUUUUUACGCGAUUUUAUUCUGCACGAUUUUUUUUACGUGAUUUUCUCGAAGUUACGCGACUUUUUUUUACGCUAUUUUGGUUAUUUGCGGAGGGCAAAUCGCGUAAAAAAAGAUUUCCCUUUGAUUUUUUUUACGCGAUUUCACGAAGUUACGCGAACUUUUUUUACACGAUCUUUUUUUGCGCGGACGCAUCCAUCGCGUAAAAAAGGAUUUAGUGUAGACGGAAUUGAGUUGAUCUCUGAGCUGUAGAUACAAGGCCAAGUUCCCCUGGCAAGGUAUUAUCAGGUAUCAGAAGGCCGGCUCCAGAGGCACGUUAUCCUCCAUUUUGGACAUUUGUGACAUCGCCAUACAUUUAAGCCUAUUUCGUCAUUUACCUGAGGGAGAAUGGGACUAGGGAUGGGAAUUAGGAAACGGAAAGGUGAUGAAAUAGGAAGGGGUGCCCUGGAUGAGGGAAUAAAUGCAUAAGCGUAACGAGAGCCCAUAGCCCAUACCACAACGGGUUUAAUCAGUGCCCUGAAAAGGACACUGUAAAACGCAUAAGGGUAAAGAGAGCCUAUAGCUCAUUGGAGGUAGCUUGUGACGUCAUGCGACUUUCAAUGUGACAUUGAAAGGCAUGUCAUCGAAAGCAUCCUCAAUGUUCAAGAAAUCACGCAAGCAAAAACUACGUUUGAGCGAGUACUUUCUUGAAACGUAACAACUUUGUGUAAAAGAGUCACUGUGGGCAUCCCAAAUUGGGAGGCAUGUGAGUUCAGAUGAAUAGGCAUGUUAGCCAGGUAUCAGGUAUCAGAAGGCCGGCUCCAGAGGCACGUUAUCCUCCAUUUGGGACAUUUGUGUCAUCGCCAAAAUAACAGCCUAUUUCAUCAUCUACCUGAGGGAAAAGGAAGGAAAAAGGAUUUGGAUGGGGAUAGGGACAGGUAGGGAAAUAGGGAAAAUACCAUGGAAGAGGGUACUAACGCACAAGCGUACCACAAUGGGUUCAAACAGCGCCCUAAAAAGGGCACUGUAAUAACGCAUAAAGCGAAAGAGAGCCUAUAGCUCUUUACCACAGCGGGUUAAGAACAACAGAAUAUCCUGAAGAUUCAGGUUUCUGAAGUCAGUUUCACUUAAUAAGUGUUUACCGAAUAUUCGGAAACGCAGUUGCGCAAAAACUGGACAGUUACAUAUCAAAUGAUACGAAGUUCCAUAAUCGGAUUCACAGCUAUCACAUGCAAAUGAAUCAGCUUGCAGAAUAUUCGCCAUGUGAUAGCUGAGUCGGCAGUGGCCAGUCAAUGCUUUGACCAGAAUGCUGCAAUUCUGCUUUGACAGAUUUGUAAGAUACUUCGCCACCCUUGGAGAUAGCUCAGUACAAUACAAUUUGGUUUGACGACAUGACUCCAAACUAUUCCAGUAUUGUCUGUGUUGAGUGGCAGCCCAGGUGUUAAUCUGAAGCUUUACCCAACACUUCGAUAUCGAAAUAGCUGGCUCAGGGCCAAUGAAGUCAUGUGAUGCUCCAGUGCAAGCUAACUCAUCAGCCAAUUCAUUUUCAGCGAUGGAAUAAUGGCCAGGUACCCAUACAAUGUGAACAGCGUUUGCUGUAUUCAGCUCCUCGAUUUGAGUUCGUCUAGCGAUAACUAUCUUCGACCUGGAGUUGGCCGAAACAAGUGCUUUAACGAAAAAACGAAAUCGUAAUGGUGUUCAACCUUUGCGUCUCUUUGAUUCUGAAAUCAAUGUGACUGAACAGGUAAAGUACGUUGGUGUCAUUCUUGAUUCCAAGCUUUCCUGGACACAUCAUAUUGAGUUCAAAAUCAAGAAAGCUUGUAUGGCCCUCGGGCAAUGCCGGCGAACCUUUGGUACAACUUGGGGUCUAAAAGCCAAGUAUAUCAAAUGGAUUUACACAACUGUUGUUCGACCAAUAUUGGCUUAUGGAUGUCUUGUGUGGUGGCAAAAAAGCGAAGUGAGAACGGUCCAAUCAAAAUUAGGCCAUCUCCAAAGGAUGUGCUUAAUGGCGAUGUCUGGAGCGUUCUCCUUAACUCUCACGGCAGCGCUCGAAGUUCUUUUUGACAUUAUCCCACUACACAUUUAUCUCAAACAAGAAGCACUUUCUUGCACCUACCACAUGUAGGUUUACUCGGUUUACUAAAAGAAACUCCUGUGAACCGCAGUUCAACACAAACCUCGUUGUUUCCACUUCUGGUGAAUUGAGACAACAUUGUCCUUGCUCCAAGUGAUCUUACAAUUGCUUGUAAUUUUCCACAUAGGACAUUUUCCACGAAAUUCCCUUCCCGGGAAGAGCGGACAUCUGGAUAUCUGGAAAGAAGUAUUUCAGACGGCAUCGUAUGUUACACUGAUGGCUCCCUUCUCGAAGGUCGAGCAGGUGCUGGUGUUUAUUCUCGUGAGCUAAGACUGCACCAGUCUUACUCACUUGGUAGACACUGUACCGUUUUUCAGGCCGAAAUAUUUGGUCUUAUGAGCGUAGUGCAAUCAGCGCUUCAGCAGCACGUAAUGGGCAAAGUGAUACAUGUACUUUUGUUCAGAUAGCCAGGCUGCUAUCAAUAGAUAAUAGCAAUAGAUAAGAACAAUAGAUGUUUUACUCGGGUUUACCGAAAGGCCAUAUUGGCGACACCAGCCCUCAACUACCUGAAGAACGUUUUGCAUUAGGUCGGAAAGGGUGCUGAUGCACAUACCGACUAACAAUGUUAGGUAGUCGUCAGCAAAACCAUAAGUAGGAAAACCGAUAUCACAGAGAAACAGACGUCACACUCUACUCGAUUCUCAUCGAUUACUUUUUUUAACGGUUGAUUCAAAUAUUCGGUAGUUUGUCAAUUGAUCAAUCGCGGCACUGGCAUCGUUUUUGCUCCUGUUUGACGUUUGCUCACUACCGCCAUCUAGUGGUGGCUUGUCCAAACAUGGCAUGAUUAGCAUUGGGCGAUUACGAUUUCGUGACGAUGAUUUUUCAUACAAUUUGUUCUAAGUGUUACGUCUGUUUCUCUGUGCCGCUAUUAUUGAGUUGCCUCAAUAGCGUAUCUGCUACGAGAUUCCACAAAAGUGGUGAUAAGACUCCCCCUUAAUUAAUUAAUAUCUUUAUUAAAGAGACUUUCAGCCCUUGGCUGGUUCGUCUCUAAGACUCCCCCUUGGGGGCAUCCACAAACACUCAAUUUCCUAAACGCCGCUUGACGCAAUGUCACGAAAAGAUGUCGGUUUUUGAGCAUUUGGUGAAUCCAAUUGGAAAUUAUUGGAGAUACACCAUGACCCCGUGCGGCUUCCAAUAUGGCAUCGGAAGGCACGUUGUCAAAGGCACCCUCGAUAUCUAAGAAAACCCAAACAAGAUUGCUUUUGAGCGAAUGCUUUCUCGAUAUCGUAAACAACUUUGUGUAAAAGAGUCACAGUGGAAUUACCAGAUUGGUAGGCAUAUUGGUUCACAUGAAGAGGCAUGUUGGCCAGAUGAACAUCACGGAUGUGAUGAUCCACAAUGCGUUUUAAGCAUUUCAGAAGAAAAGAGGUCAAACUGAUAGGUCUGAAACUUUUUGCUUCUUCAUACGAUGCACGACCCACUUUCGGAAUAAACUUUACAGUAAUAUUCCGCCAGGAUUUGGGAAUAUACCCUGUUCCAAACUGCAAACAAGUAUUUUUUGUUCAAAACAUGUUUGAAAUAAUCAAAUCCCUUCUGAAGCAAAAUAAGAUAAAUCCCAUCUGCCCAGGAGAUUUGAAAGAGCAAAUCUUGAUACGUUAUAGCGGUUUGACAUUUUUACCCAUAUAGAAGAAAAUAAGUCAAAUUUGCAAUACCGCACAAAAAUUACUAAAUGUGUUCUUCCAUUAAUCCACAUAGGCUCUAAUAUAUCUUAUUAUAUAUAUCUUGAGAAAAUAAGUAGAAAAUCUUUGGAUAUCAAAACUAAAAUGUAAUGACAAAGAUGUAAAAAAAUGAGUUUUUUUCAGGGAAAGACCCAAAAAUUGUCAAUGCAUCAUAACUUUUUCAACGUUCAAAAAGUACUUAUGUUUUGAAGACUUGUGAAGCAUUAAUAUAUUGUUGAUAAACGUUCAAAAUUUCAUUCGAUUCGGUUCACUGGCUUGCGAGAUGUGACAGUUAAAAAAAGUUGUUUCAAAAAUUGUGAUUUACCAGAACGGUUCUAACUUCGUGAAAGAUGAAUCGAGCUUAAAUUUGUACCAAUGAUGCACAUAUAAUAGGUUGACAAACAGUCAAAAUUUGAGAAUUUUUGAUGCAUUCUAUGAAAAGUUACAGAGCAUGUUGAACUUUUUUUGUGAGAUAAAAAAAAGUUACCUAUCCCAAACAUUUUGGCCACCGCCGUUUUCCGCACAAAAAAAUUCAACAUGAUGUAACUUUUCAUAGAGUGCAUCAAAAAAUCUCAAAUUUUGACUGUUUAUCAACUUGUUAUAUGUGCAUUAUUGGUACAAAUUUGGGCUCGAUUGAAUCAUUUUUCGCUAAAUUAGAACCGUUCGGGGAAAACACUAUUUUUUAGACAACUCAUUUUUGAGCUGUCAUAUCUCGGAAACCAGUAACCCGAAUUGAAUGAUUUUUUUAACGUUUAUCAACAAUAUUUUGGUACUUAAUACAACGUUAUAAAAUGUAAUAUUUUCUCAUGGCGAAUUAAGUUAUACCGAGUUGAAAUUUUUGCCCAUAUAGAGAAAAAAAAGUCAAAUUUACAAUACCACACAAACAUUACUAAACGUGUUCUUCUUUUAAUAUAAAUAGGCUCUAAUAUAUCUGAUUGAAGAUACCUUGAGAACAGGAGUGGAAAAUCUUUGGACAUCAACACUAAAAUUUAUUGACAUUGACGUGAAAAAAUUACAUUUUUUCGAGAAAAAUCCAAAAAGUGUCAAUCCAUGAUAACUUUUUUCAACGUUCAAAAAAUAUCUAUGUUUUAAUAGUUUGUGAAGCAUUUGUAAAUUGUUAGUGUACGUUCAAAAUUUCAUUGAAUUCGGUUCAUUGGUUUCCGAGAUAUGACAGCUCAAAAAUGAGUUGUCUAAAAAAUAGUGUUUUACCCGUACGCUUUUAACUUUGCGAAAGAUUGAUCAAUCGAGCCCAAAUUUGUACCAAUGAUGCACAUAUAAUAGGUUGACAAACAGUCAAAAUUUGAGAUUUUUUGAUGCACUCUAUGAAAAGUUAUAGCAUGUUGAACUUUUUUGUGAGAGAAAAAAAGUUGCCUAUCCCAAACAUUUUGGCCAUCCCCUGUACUUUCAGUCCUGAGCACAAAAUGAUGGCGCAUAGGACCGAAUUGAAAGAUCACCAGCCAUCGCCUUGAUCUGUGGCCACAGAGGACAAAUUUCUGUCGACUUGCUUUAUUUCGUUGUUGAGGCUGCGCGCGCCAUCAUGAGUCUCUGGAUCUGCCUUUGCUGCGAUGCCCCGCACGAAUUAUAUACCGCAGGCAUCUAAUGAUGAAGACCUGAGCAGUCGUUGAGUGUUCUCCACUGAUACACACCAAGUUUUACUGGCGUACAGUAGCACAGAUUUCACGUUUGUUGUCAUGUUUGGUUGUUUUUCCAUACAUUUGUUAAGCUCACAAAAGCAGCCCUCGCUUUCUUGAUCCGUACGCGUGCACCUACAGGGGAUAGACAAAAUGAUCGGGAUAGGUAAAAUUUUCACUUUUCAAAAAAAAUGUCCAAUUAGCUGUAUCUUUUCUAAAAGUCCAUCAAAUAUUCUCAAAUUUUCACUGUAAGCUGAUCAACUAGUUGUGUAUCAGUGGACAAAAUUUGGAAAAGAUCGGGCUUUUCUGCAUGAAGUUAUAAGCAUAUUAGAAAAAGGUAGAAUUAUCCGAUAGCCAACUUUGAGCUAUUAUAUCUCCGGAUUCAAUGAACCGAAUGCAAUGAAAUUUUGUCCAUUAAUGACUUAAAUAAUGGGCUCUGAAAAACGUUUGACUCAACUUGAAAUUAUUAACAAGAGAAAAAGUUAUAGCGAUUUCAUUAAUUUUAUGAAUUUUUAGUAAAUUAGAUUAUUUUUAAUAUACAUCUCAUUACUCUUUCAAUGAAUUGCCGCCUAUGUUGUUACUUUCUUUCAAAACAUAUAUGUAUUCAAGACAAUCAGAGGGAAUUUAAAUGUACUAUAAUUAGCAUCUUGAAUUUUAAACGAUGUUGAAAUUUAAGAAAAUUUGAUGUUUUAUUAGAAAAAUAAUCUAAUCGUUUCCAAGGGCUGAAAGUCUCUUUAAUAAAGACAAAUCAUUCAAUCAAAUCAGUUAUAAUUUUCUACUUUGUUAAGAAUAACAAGUUAAGUCAAAAGUUUUUCAAAGCUCAUUAUAUAAGUCAUAAAUGGUCAAAAUUUCAUUGCAUUCGGUUCAUUGAAUCCGGAGAUAUAACAACUCAAAGUUGGCUAUCGAAUAAUUAUAUCUUUUUUUAGAAUCUUUAUAACUUCAUGCAAAAUAGUCCGAUCUUUUCCAAAUUUUGUCCACUGAUACACAAAUAGUUGAUCAACUUACAGUGAAAAUUUGAGAAUAUUCGAUGCACUUUUCGAAAAGUUACAGCUAUUUGAAAAUGAUUUGAGAAGGGAAAAUUUUGCCUGUUCCGAUCAUUUUGUCUAUCCCCUGUAUGUCUAUCUUGGUGCCGCUAUCAAGUUAUUGGAAGUUUUUACGUUCUCCGCUGCUUGUCCAGCUAUCGUAAAGCUGGAAGAGUCGACUGUAUUUACAUCCAACGAUUUGGUCUUGUUGACGUUGGUGGUAAGACCCGCAGCAACGUCAUUAGCCAAUUCGAAGUCAUGGUAAUGGGCUGCCACAGCAAACGCACCUACCAGGAUCUCGUCGAUAUUACGAUAAAGAACACUAGCGGUGUUAGUAUGACGAAUUUCGCCCCAAAUCGUAUUCGGAGUUGGCAGCACCCUCUCAGAUUACAAUGAAACUUUCUGGGUAUGUACACCAAGACUAGAUAAGCCACUUUGCAUACUUAGUUUCUUCAAAAUUUAUCUGGACUGACUUUUGAAAAGGGCUAAACUUUUUUUAUGGAUUUUUUAAAAAUGUUUUUAAUCAAAAAAUGACUACUCCUACAAAAAAGUGUUGUAUGGGUGAUUAUCACAAAAUAAGUCAAAUUUUAAGAAAAAAAUAGUGAAAAAAAUCCAAAAUGAGCCCUACACUGAAAAAAAUCAUUUCUAAAAAUUCAAAGUUGAUUUAAAAAAAAACACCAUUUUUGAUUUUGAUGAAAUUUUGUCUCAAGACAGGUAAUUAUGUUCCCUACCAACCGUCCAUACAUCACAAGAUAGGCACUUUUAAGGAAAAAAAGUUUUUCUAACAAAAACUUUUUCAUGUCCAAAUUAUUAUUUUUUCAGUGUCUUUUUUUAAAAACAAACUAAACCAGUGAAGGUUAUCUAGUAAUCUCAAAAUGCAAUGAAACUUAUUGUGUCAUAUGCGACAAUGCAAUGCACCCAUAUUCACGCAGCAGCACUCUAGAAGUACGAAACAAUAUACAAUUAGAACACGCAUUUCAUACGUGCUGCUGUAAUUUCUACCCAAACGUUUCUACCCCAUGUUCUUACCUAAUAUUAGGUAAGGCUAUUUAUUAGAUUCGAACUACCUAAUCGAAAAAAAAAAAUCAAGGGUUGUACCUAAAGCAAAUAUGAACAAAACAAGAAAAUGAAUCGGUAUCAUUCAACGUGUUACUUCUCUUUGGUUAUUAAAGGCAGUUCUGAAAAGUAAUGGAUCAAUCGUAUAAAUCAAAAUUCAACAAAUUCAAGUGCAGUGCAAAAAUAAACAAUCCAAAGUGCAACCGUCAUAAUCUACGGGGCAUGUCAUUAAGAUUGAUAGAUAAGAUUCAUUCCAUGGGAUAUACACAUGAAAUCGACGAAUCGAUGAGUAUUUGUGAGUCAUGUCGUGGAUUGAUAAGUCACAACAGAAGCCCGAAUACGAAAAAACGCCGAUCGGAUGGAAACGACGAAACUAUGCAACCAUCAUUUAGUGGGCAGCAACAUCAUGAUGUUCCAGAAAGAGAACCGUCAACGAGUGGUCAAUAAAUCGAACAUGAGCUGGAUAUGGUACCAUCUAUUCCAUCAUUGGAGUCAAUUCCGUCAACAGAUCAACUACAGGGUCCCCAUAAUAUUGAGAAGUUUAAUACCAUUGCUGAAACAUUGAGUUUAUCGCCAAUCUCAUCUAGAAACAUGAGAAGUAUGGAAUAUCGCAUAAACAAAUCAUUGCAGAUUACGAAAGCAGUUCGAAAAAAUAUCUUCGGAAUAGAUUCAACGGAUGUUGGCAAAGUGGAGGCGUAUGACGAGAUAAUUAUGCAGCUAAAGGAUAAGUUCAAUCACUCUACAACUGACAGAAGCGAACAGAUUAAAAUACUAUCUGUACUUCCUAAGUCUUGGUCGGUAAAUAAAAUCACAAGAGAGUUUAACGCACCAAUGUAUAUGGCGAGGCAGGUGAAGGAUCUUGUUUAUGAACAGGGUAUUCUUUGUACCACCGAAAAAAGAAGGGGGCAUGGUAUUGAUGACGAUACAAAACAAAUAGUAAGAGAAUUUUUUGAUGAUAAUGAUAUCAGCAGGCCAAUGCCAGGAACAAAUGAUUUUGUUUCUGAGGUUCGAAAUGGAAAAAAAACAACAAGUUCAAAAACGACUUUUGAUGAUGUCGCUCAAAGAGGCUUAUAUGAUUUUUGUAGAUAUGUACAAAACUGUGAAUAUUGGUUUCACAGUAUUUACACAGUUGCGACCAAAGCAUUGUAUUUUAGUUGAUUCUACUGGUAUACAUAAUGUAUGCAUAUGUACUAUUCAUGAAAAUGUAAAUUUAAUGUUCAACAGUAUAAGAAUUGUGUCACAAGAUGAAAUAAUACAAAAAAUGCUUUGCGAUAUUUCCACCAGAACAGAUAAUUGCUUUUUCCGUGCUUGUGAAAAGUGUGCUUGUAAUGAACACAUUGAAGAGGAACUUACAUUGAUAUUAGAAUCAAAUGACAAAGAAGAGAUUAUAUUUCAGCAGUGGUUGAAUACUGAUCGCUGUAAUUUAGAAACGAUUAUUAAACCUGUUGAUGAAUUUGUUCCGUAUCUUGUUGAUAAAAUUGACAAACUUAUAACACACGACUUUAUUCAUAAACAACAAUCAUCAUUUCUCAUAAAUAAAAAAGAUACAUUAAAGGAUGAUGAAAUUCUUGCGAUUUGUGAUUUCUCUGAAAACUAUUCAUUCAUAAUUCAAAACGCUGCUCAAGGAUAUCAUUGGAACAACUCGCAAGCAACAAUACACCCAUUUGAAAUUUACUAUAUUAAAGAUAAUAAACUUGUAAAUGUUAGCUUCAUUAUCAUAUCGGAAGUAAUGGCUCACGAUACAGUUGCGGUCCAGUUGUUCAUCUCAAAAAUGAUAGAUUUUAUGAAACAAUUAACGAACUUUUCUAAAAUUUAUUUUAUGUCUGAUGGGGCAGCAUCACAAUACAAAAAUAAGAAGAACUUUGCUAGUCUAUGUAGAUUCCAGUCAAAGCAUGCAUUAAGAGCAGAAUGGCAUUUUUUUUGCAACGUCCCACGGCUAAGGUCCAUGUGAUGCUAUUGGUGGCACUCUCAAGCGAAUGGCAAAGAGAGCAAGUCUUGCUCGAGAUUAUGGAAAUACCAUAACAACUCCACGAGAGUUAUAUAACUGGGCAGUUGUACAGACAGAUAAAAAUAUAACUAAAUUAAAUUUCUGUUACGUAUCCACUGAACAGUACAUUAAAAUGUCAGAAGAUCUCGAAGAAAUAUAUAAUAACGCCAAAACAAUACCAGGCACUCAGAAAUUCCAUAGUUUUUUGCCUAUUCCUGGCGACAAAGUAAAGGCAAACAGGUAUUCUAAUUCAGAAGAUGAACCAAAAAUAUUUAGUAUGAUCGGAAAAAAAUAGAAAAGAACAUGUUUGAAAUUGGCUCUAAGACACAUAUAUAUAUUUGAA